AUGGCCGCGAAUGACGCCUCGACUCCAGCGAACGCUGAGCCGACGCUCGAGGAGUCGAACCUGAACGGAGACGUCGUUGCUGGCGAAAACGGCGAGCAGGAGCAGCCCGUGGAGAAUGUCUUCACGCUCAACGUCCAGCUGCCGCACGAGCCGCACCAGACUCAAGUGAUUGCAUCGACGCAAGAGCAAGUCCAGGACCUCCGUCAGUCCAUCAUCGAUUCUCCGCACACCUUCCAAUACUCCUGCUUCCAUCUCGAGCACAACGGCGAGCGCAUCAAUGACUUCGUCGAGCUUUCCGAAGUCCCCGGCAUCGGCCCGGACGCCGAGAUCACGCUGGUCGAGGAUCCAUACACUGAGAAGGAGGCCAGGAUGCACUUCAUCAGAGUGCGGGAGCUUAUUGGCGCUUCGGGAGACAGGACCGACACUGCUCACGGCGCCCAGGCUGGCGUUUCCCUACUCCAUGAUGUCUCGGCUAAGAUCGCUGCCGACGAGAAGGCGGAGGGCACUCCUCUAGACAGCUACGAUCUCGAGUCGCCUGCCGAGAUCAAGACUGUGCUGCCCCAGCCCCAGGAUGCGGCGCCAAAGACCGUCAAGGCCAUCUCGCUGUCGCCCUGGAACCCUCCGCCGUACCACCUCCGUUCGAAGGGCCACCUGCUGUACCUUCAGGUCACCACCAACGAGGGCGAGCAGUACCAAGUCACCUCUCAUGUCUCUGGCUUCUACGUGAACAAGUCGACCAAUAACAAGUUCGACCCGUUCCCUAGGGCGGCGCCGAAGGACAUUGCCGCGCACUCUUUGCUCACGCUUGUCCAGAAGCUGUCCCCCGGCUUUGACGAGGCGUUCCAGUCGCUCCUCGAGUACAACAACGCCAAGGAUCCGCUUGCCAUGUUCCAGCUGUCCAACGCCAUCCCUGCCAGCCCGUGGCUCGUUUCGCCACCGACUUCUGCCGUGAACAGCCACCAGGCUGACAUUACCCGCACCCAGGAGAACUACCUCAUUUCCGGCCUGGAAAGCGCAGACAACCUCAGAGACUGGAACGAGGAGUUCCAGUCCACCAGGGAGUUGCCCCGGGAAACCGUCCAGGACCGUGUCUUCCGCGAGAGGCUGACUUCCAAGCUUUUCGCCGAUUACAACGAGGCCGCUGUCCGCGGUUCUGUUCUUGUCGCUCGCGGUGAGGUCGCACCUCUAAACCCGACGGAGAGCAAGGAUGCUCAAAUAUUCGUCUGGAACAACAUCUUCUUCUCCUUCGGUGCCGACGGCGUUGGUACCUUCGCCACUGAUGGCGGUGACGAGGCCGCGCGCGUCGCUACUGGUAAGGACGUCAUGGGUGUCAAGGCUGUGAACCAGCUUGACAUUACCGGCCUCUUCACUCCCGGUACCGUUGUCGUUGACUAUCUCGGCAAGCGUAUUGUCGGACAGAGCAUCGUGCCCGGUAUCUUCAAGCAGAGGGAACCUGGUGAGCACCAGAUUGACUACGGUGGAGUUGAGGGCAAGGACGUUGUCGCGGAGAAUGAGACUUUCGCACCCUUGUUCGAGCAGCUGUCGAAGGCUCUGAGGGUCAAGAAGCACGCUGUUUGGGACAAGGAGAACAAACGCCAUGAUCUUGAAGGAAGUGUUGAGACCAAGGGUCUUCUUGGAACUGACGGCAGGAAGUACGCACUCGACCUGUAUAGGAUUUCUCCCCUUGAUGUGACUUGGCUCGAGCAGUACUGGGAGGAGCCCACCGAGGACGGCAAGUCAAAGGACAAAGAGAAGGACUACCCUCACAGGAUGGCUGUUCUCAGAUCCGAACUCGUUGAGUCCUACGGACGCACUAAGCUUAGGGAAUACAUCAGGGCUGAGCUCGCCAAGCGUAACGAGGCGAAGGAGGCCGCUAAGAAGGAGGAGAAGACCGAGGAGAAGGCCGAGGAGAAGGCCGAGGGCGAGAAGGCUGAUGGCGAGAAAGAGGUCGAGAAGGAGGGUGACGGGGAAAAGAAAGAAACUGAGAACGAGCGGGUCGAUAUCUCCGGCUUCCAGUUUGCUCUCAACCCCGACGUCUUCUGCGGCCAGGUCCCCCAGACUGAAGAGGAGAAGCAGGAGUACGCGAAGGAUGAGGCUGAGGUCCGAGCCGCCUGCGAGCACCUCACUCAGGAGGUCAUCCCCCGCCUCACUCGCGACCUUCAGGAGGGUGAUGUUGGCUUCCCCAUGGACGGUCAGUCUCUGACUAGUCUGCUGCACAAGCGCGGUAUCAACCUGAGGUAUCUCGGAAAGAUCGCGACCUCGGCAGACAAGGAGGAGCCCAGGCUGAAGGCUCUGAAGCGCCUCGCGAUUCAGGAGAUGAUCGCUCGUGGUUUCAAGCAUGUUGCCAACGACAAGCUUCGCUACCUUCCUUCUCCAUUCUCGGGUGCUUGCGUUGCUCACCUGCUCAACUGUCUGCUUGGAGCCGAGGUUAAUGCGAACCCAGUCGCCGAGAUUGACGCUUCCCUCAGGGCGCUCUAUGCCGACGCUGACUUUAGCUUUGAGACGCUGACGCCGGAGACCCUCAAGGCUGCUAUCGUCGAGGAGGUCAGGCAGAGGUUCCGCUUUGAUCUGGGAGCUAACUGGAUCGAGGCCGGCAAGGAGCUCCAAGUGCUUCGUGAGGUGUCUCUGAAGCUUGGUCUGCAGCUUGAGGCCAAGGCUUAUGCUUUCACCAAAGAGGACGCCGCAAAGGUCACCGAGUCUGAGCCUUCCGACGCUACCCUCAAGCCCACGACAAACGGCCACACUUCUGGUUCUGGCAAGAACAAGAAGAAAAACAUCAAGAGCGCGGAUCGCUCCCCUGCCCGCACUGCUUCUCCUGCUGCUCCGGCUCAGAAGGUCACCUUCCGUGCGGACGAUGUUCAGAACGUUGUCCCCAUCGUCAAGGAAGCCUCGCCCAAGAGCGUUCUUGCCGAGGAAGCCUUGGAGGCGGGCCGUAUUUCGAUUGCUCAGGACCAAAAGGAGCUUGGUAACGAGCUUCUCCUCGAGUCCCUCUCCCUGCACGAGCAGAUCUACGGUGUCCUCCACCCCGAAGUCGCUCGUGUCUACCACCAACUUUCCACUCUAUUCUACGGCCUGGAGGAAAAGAACGCGGCCGUUGAGCUGGCGCACAAGGCCGUCAUCGUCUCUGAGCGCACUCUUGGUGUCGACUCGUCCGAGACGGUCCUGGCUUACCUGAACCUCGGCCUUUUCGAACAUGCUAACAGCAACACCAAGGCGGCUCUUGGCUACAUCCGCCACGCUCUUGAGCUGUGGAAGGUCAUCUACGGUAACAAGCACCCCGACUCGAUCACCACCAUCAACAACGCGGCUGUCAUGCUUCAGACCAUGAAGCAGUACCACGAGUCUCGGUUGUGGUUCGAACAGUGUCUGUCGAUUAGCGAGGAGGUGUCGGGUAAGCAGUCGAUCAACACGGCUACCCUGCUCUUCCAGCUGUCGCAGGCUCUGGCUCUCGAUAGGGACAUGCACUCGGCCGUCAACAAGAUGCGCGAGUCGUUCAACAUCUUCAACACGAUCCUCGGCCCCAACGACCGCAACACCAAGGAGGCUGAGUCGUGGCUCGAGCAGCUCACGCAGAGCGCCGUCACGCAGGCCAAGCAGGUGCGCGAUGUGCAGGCCGGCCGUCUGCGCCGCAUUCCCCUCACGCCGCGCACGAACCUGCGCCCGCAGCCGAGCGUUGGACAGACGGCGUCGGAGGCGGCUGGCGCGCCGUCGUCGAGCGAUGCGGCGGGCGGUGUUGACAUGCACACGAAGAGCAUCGAGGAGCUGGUUCGCUACAUUGAGGGCGACGGGCCGAAGAAGAGCACGCCGAAGAAGAAGCAGCAGAAGGGCCCGCGGAGACCGGGCCGUGCCGGCGGUAACUAA